UAAAAAUAAAAUAAAUAUUUUUAUUUUUCCCAACAAAAUAUACCAUUUGAUAAAAAUCUCCUUUUACUUCCAACAAUGUCUUCCGUCCACCCAAUCUACCCGCCGGCCACCGCAAUGGCCGGCGGCAACCUCUUCGCCGCUAUAGAUUUGGGAACAAGCUCCUUCAAACUGACUGUCGUACGCGCCGACCCUCACUCUGGCAGAUUCCUCACCCUCAAUCGCCUCAAAGAUCCCGUCCGACUCGGCCUCGACAUCACCGACGCCGCCAUCUCCACCGAGUCUCUCGACCGCGCAGUUUCCGCCAUCCGAAGCUUCCAGAACCACCUCCACUCUCACUCCCUUCCUCCUUCUCACCUCCGCCUCGUCGCCACUUCUGCAGUUCGCGAAGCUUCGAACAAAUCCGAAUUCAUAACCGCUAUCGACGAACAUCUCGGCCUCCGCGUCGACAUCCUCUCCGGCGAAGAAGAGGCGCGCCUAAUUUACCUCGGGGUCCUACAAUUCUUCCCGAUUUCCAACUCCACCGUCCUCACCAUUGAUAUCGGCGGCGGCUCAACCGAAUUCACCGUAGGAUUUCAUGGUAACAUUCUAUUCUCUAAAUCACUAAAAUUAGGGCACGUAACCCUAACACAGAAAUUCAGCGACGUCGCUCUGAUGCGAGAGCACAUCACUACUGAAUUAGAAACCUCUGGUUUGAUUCCGAAAAUCAAGGAAUUCAAACUAGAUGCUGUGAUAGGUUCUUCAGGCACAAUCAGAGCAAUUGACAAGGCUGUAAGCAAAGGCUAUGCCCUAAAACCAGACGAAAAUCAUGUAUUGUUUGAUGAAUUUGUUAAACCUGAUUGGAGGUUUAGCAGGGAUGAGCUGAGGGAUUUAGUGCAGAGCUUACAUGAUGAAGAAGAAGACGAUAAUGGAAUCCAUGGGAAGCUUAGGAGGGAACAGUUCUUCAAAAGCCGAGCCGGAUUCAUUAAGGCCGGGACUGUUCUUCUAGAUGUGAUAUUCGACAAGCUUGGCAUUGAAGAGAUGGAGGUCUCAGGUUAUGCAUUAGGUGAGGGAGUGAUCACUGACAUGUUAGGGCAGGUUCACGACGGUUUUGACUUGAAUGCCAAUGCACGAUGGAGGUCAGUUGUCAGAUUAGCUACGAGAUUCAAUAACAAGAAGAGGAUGAAGGCUGCAGCCACAUGCGCCGGCAUAGCAAGGGAGUUUCUUGAAGGUAUGGGGAGACUGAAUACGUUUCACGGUGAUGGCAGCAGUGAUAAUUGUGAGCUCUCGGUUUUCUUGGAUGAUGCUGAUAUUGAGUACCUUGACGCUGCCUGCCUGCUUCACAAUAUUGGCAUGUAUAGUGGCAAGAAAGGUUAUCACAAGCAGUCUUACCGUGCUAUUAUGAAUGGAGAUAAUCUCGGUGGUUAUACUAGGGAAGAGACUAAGCUCAUAGCAUUGCUUGUGAGAUAUCACAGAAAGAAGAUUCCGAAAGAUGAUGUUCUUGAGGGUUCUACUAAGGUAAAGCAGAAAUUUCGAAUCCUAUGUGCAAUCCUUCGAAUAUCUUGUGCCCUUCAGCAAUGCUUUCCCGUGAAUUCACGAGCAAUAGAAUUUGUUCAUUCUUCAGAAGGGCUCAAAUUGAUACUUAGAAGAACAAUGGAUGAGACGAGAGGUCGAUCUUCCGGGGAAAGCAUAGAUGGGAUCCUUGAGAAAGAAUUGGAUUUCUUCAAGACUGUUUUCAAGCAAAAAUUGUCGAUUCAAGUUACUUGAAGCAUUUCGUUGCGGAGCCUCUAACUCACCAGAGAUAUGGGUAUGAAGUAAAAUGGCCAUAAAACUAACCUACAAAAGUACAUAUGAGAAAUUUUUAAUAUUGUAUUAAAUAUUAUUUUUAUAAUUUUAUUUAAAUUUUUAUUA